UGAUUUUUGAAUGUCACAUGAACAGAAGCGAUGUGAUGCAACUGAUUAUAGAUAGGGCUGACUGUUCUCCCAUUGAUAGUAGCAUAUUUUAACUUUAUCCGUGUGGUAGACAAGAGACCUAAGAACAGUGGUAGAUGCAAGUGGUGCCAGACACUCACAUAUUGAGGGAAGCACCGAAUAGUUUGGUCAUCGAUUCGUAGCAUUAUCAUAUCUACUGUGACUGAAUGUACAAACUAAACCAGGAGACGACUGACUUAGUUUGUCUGUGGGUAUAUAAUAGGUUAAAGGGCACGUGCAUUUUAUUGGUGUAAAAAUUGUACCGUCUGAGUAACUGCAUGCACACUUCGACGCUACAAUGCAAUAUUUGCAGCCUUACACGAUCAGAAAUUGCUCUCUAGUGUGCAUGCCCACAUGUCUACGUCUUCGUAAAUGUGGCUGUCACAGCUACCACAGCCCCUCUCGCCUCCUUUCUUUGCAGUGGAAUUAUCGUAAUAUUAGUAUAAAACAAGCUAGCAACACUUGUCCAUAUGUCUGUACUACGAUCCAUAAUUCUAUCUCUAGUAGUGUUAGCCAACCAUAUAAUCUACCAUUAAUCGGAGCAAGACGCCGGACAUACAAGUCACUCGCCAACCCUGUAGGGAUUACUAGAGCUGUGACUGGUUUAGGUAAAGCACAGGCCAAUCCACUACAGCCAUCGGUGCUACAGAUACGGACGGAUAUACUCUGUGCAACACGUAGAAACAAUCAUAAUGUAGAACCAGGGCUCAACGUGCGCACGCACAUAAGCAGCCGACAUAAGAGCGCCGUAUCGCACCCUUUAGAGACCGACUAUAGGGAUACGCCAAGCUUUCCACGACUUUCAGAAGUACGCUUGCGUUUGCAAGGAUUAGUAUCAGGAAUCACGGCGGAUUCGCUGGAUGUGUCUACAAGCGAGGCGUACGACAUACUCGAUGAGGUGGACGAGGGUAUGCUGCUUGAAGUGGAAGCCGACCUUAGAGCUUCCGGGAGUGUUGUGGUGGCCUCUACGCGUCAUGUGAGUGUGCUUGAUCAGCUACACGGGGCUGGCUUGGGCGUUGCGCUGAGGUCGCUGCACUUCAAUGAUAGAUUAGAUUUGGUGCAGACUUGCGUCAAGGUGUGCAUGAAGACCGGGGAAAUAUUUCAUUCCCAUCCACCGCCUUCGCUAGGCGAGCGCUCUACACAUCUGCAGGGUCUUGCGCUGGGUUUGGUGUUACAGCAGGCGAGUGUGCUUUUCCCCAACGCCACGUCAGAGUAUAAGAACACCGGAAAUGUGGACCACGUCUUGAAAACAGAUACACUGCAAGAGGCUGACACUGCCGCUUCAUUAGGCUCAGAACCGGCUACGGUGCGCACGGACGUACCCCAAAAUGUAAGUGCCAGCACUAUAUUCCCAUUUGCACGCACACAUACGCACACAAGCACGCAGCACUUCAAGCUACCUCCCUGUAGAGUGGCUGUGCUGGGUGCAGGCGGUUGCUCACUACCAGGCUUCCUACACGAAUUGCUGCCGUACGUAUACUUAGACUGUGUCGAAUCGCAUGCCGAUGUGAUUGCAAUGGCCAGGAAUUGUUUUGGGGUUCGUGAGCUUGAGGAGACGAGUGCGCGAUUCCAUAUGCACGAGACGACAGCCGAGAAAUGGAUCGACGAGGAGUUUACGCGGCAGUACAGUUCAAGGGAUGUCAGUAGUGAUGUUUCACCCUUUGAUUUGAUGGCAGCUUACACCAAGUAUACUACUCUACUGAGCGAGACUGAAAAGAAGGGGGUUGCCGUAGACGCGCGUAACAAGAGUUGUAAGCCGCUUGAUUUAGUCAUUAUAGAUAUUGAAAAUGGGGAUAUGGCAGACCUUAUCUUUGGGAUGCGGCCCACAAAAGGAAGUGAGCAAUCCCGCAGCAGCUCUUCAGAUACAAGCAACACAUCUAACGACGCGUGUGCGCCUUCUGAGAGUGUGACUCACAACAACAAAGUAUGUGUAGAUGUGGGUGGUGUCUCAGGCGAUGAUAGUUCUCAGGGGUACUGUCUAAUUGCGCCUCCGGAAUCAAUCCUGGAGAGCUCGUUUAUGACCAAGGUGUGUGCGAGUGUGGGACCCUACGGAGUGGUGGCCAUGAAUGUACUAGGUACCGAGGAGGCUCUACUGAAGGUACGAGAACGUUUGAACGCGCGUGUACCCACCGGAUGGACGAAGUCGAGAUGUACAGCCACUGAAGUAUCCCAGACACGACACGGAAACAUCAAGCACUGUAUAGUGAUGCUGAGAAAUGGGCCGCAGGUGGAUAGAAGUGUUCUGGUGAAGGUGGUGAAGGCCAUGCCGAAUGUGUUGGAUGAUUCCACCUACUGGUUUGACAGUUGGGUGGAGUGGUAGGUGAGCGAUAACAUACUGCCUGCUUGGUGGUACUAACAUUUCUAAGCGUGAACACUGCGCAAAUAUAUAAUCGAUUCCGCCAGUGAAACAUCAGCGUUAUAUGUUCACACCGUCAUGCGUGCUAUUCAAAAACGUUUAGCAACGGACACGGUAUCUAAAAAUUUAAAAAGUGCAGUAAACCUUCAAUCGAUAGUGAAUGUUGCAGAACUCCUAAUACCAUCGAAUUAUAUGCUCUGCUAUCGAUACCUGAGACUGCGAUUCUACUAAGAAGGGUGAUAUGCAAUUGCACAAUUAGUGAAAGCCUCUACUGUCAAUUUGUCAAUUAUAAAUAAAUUUACAGUGGGUUCAAGAGCG